UUCGCUGGUCAAAGUCAAGCUGCGGGUGAAGGAAAAGUGGAUCCACCCGUUGGAGAUCGGCGACUCAUACCUCCUGCCCCUGGAUGACAUUGGCAAAGAAAACAUGACCGUCACACUGAUCGACGCCAACCACUGUCCAGGUGCGGUCAUGUUCCUCUUCGAGGGCUACUUUGGCACCAUUCUAUACACCGGUGACUUCAGAUAUUCCCCGUCAAUGCUGCGUGAGCUGUGCCUGGUAACCAACGCCGUUAUCGAUGUCCUUUACAUGGACGACACCAACUGUGACCCCAACCGCAGCAUCCCGUCAAGAAAGCAAGCCGCACAGCAAAUCAAGGAAAUCAUUCGCAGCCACCCGGACCACACCGUAGUCUUAGGUCUCUACGCCCUUGGAAAGGAGUCUCUGUUGGUGGAGCUCGCCAUGGAGUUUCAAACCUGGAUCGAGGUGAGUUUUGACAGGAUGGAGACCCUCAGAGUGCUCGGGCUGCCCGACGUCUUCACCACCGACCCGGGCGCCGGCCGUAUCCGCGUUGUGGAGCAGAGAGAGAUCUCCUUUGCCGCCAUGUGCCGGUGGAACAGCGAGCAACCCACGUUGGCCAUCUAUCCCACCAGCAGGCCCCUCCCCCUCUUCCACCCCAAACUGCACGUGGUGCCCUACUCGGACCACUCGUCUUAUCAAGAGCUGGUGGACUUUGUCUCCGGGCUCAAACCUUCCUCCCUGUUGCCCAUCGUUGGCAACGGCAUCCCGGCAAGCCUCUCCACCUUAUUACCCUACAAAAGGCGUGAAGUCCUGGUGCCCGAGUCGGUGCAACGCUACAUGAGGAGGCUGCCGGAGAACUGGAGCAGAUCAUCGGUAAAACUUCGGCGCCAAUAUGUUCGACCGAAUGUACCUAAAGGAGUGGUGUUUGAAUCUCCCGGGGAGCGUCCGGGUCCGGGUUCUUCCUCCUCCGAGGACGACGCGAUGGACAUGGACAGUGAUUGCAGCCUGGCAGAAUCCCGCGAGGAGUUCACCUUUUACAAAAGCAGUCGAGAACCCUUGGACACGUGGAGGCUAAACCUCGUGCACCCCAUCCCGGAAGAGAUUUUGAUGGCGCAACGGGUGCCGUUCAGUCAACUCAGCCAGAGCAAUUUCACCCCUCUGGAAAUCUUGCAGGACGCGGGCGGCGGCCUCACGCUGCGGCGACGCGCCACCGAGGAGGCGACGAGACAAUUCAUCCGUCUACUCCAAAUUUUACAGUGA